CCAUCGCCACAAAAUCAGCUGAUCUCGUCUUCCAGGAUGAUCUACCAAGCAAUUGUAGUUCUGGUGGCCUUUGCCGUGUCACAGGCCCAUCCAAGUAACUACGGCGGAGGAGGACCUGUUUAUGCCUCUGGCCCUAUCCCCUACAAUUUCAACUACGCCGUCAACGACGCCUACUCGGGAACCAACUUCGGUCAGAACGAGAAGUCCGACGGCAGCAACGUGUGGGGAUCCUACACCGUCGCCCUGCCCGACGGCCGCAAGCAACAAGUCGACUACACAGCUGACCACGGCAGGGGAUUCGUGGCCAAGGUCAGCUACUCCGGCAAGGCUCAGCAUCCUCAAGUCUACGGCCCGGCCAUCACCUUCCCACAGAACGGCGGAGGGUAUCACUAAACACCUCUCGGCAUCUGCCCUUUAAACCUCCGUACUUUUUUAUAUUCGAUAAUACAA